AUGAAGUUCCUUAGCCUUAACAGUAUCCUGGCUGUUAUGCUCAUUGGUAGCACUGAAGCCUUUGCUCCUGCCAACAAAAAUACAGCUGUUCUUUCUUCCACAGCAAGCGGUAGUAGUACCAAUCCUGCUACGACCAGGCUGAACUUGGAAUCCUUGCAACCCUUGGAGCAAAUAACUCCGGAUUACGAUGAAACUGCCAAGUUGUUGGAUUCGUAUGGAGAGGAAGCUAGAAAAUACCGUCGCAAUGUUUUUGGAUCUGCCGAUUGGAUCAAGUCUCGUCGAUCCACUCGAUUUUUUGAUACCAUUCUGUCCACACCUCAAUCGGCCCUGAUUCGACAAAUCUCGACCGAAGUCCUUUUCAUUUCGACAGUUGCCCUGUUCGUGGUUCUCUACAAUGACUUUUUGGUAGAAGGAUUCACCGAUUUCGACGGAGUCAAGCAUGAGGCAUUCACCCACGCACUUCCUGCCUUCAAGCUUCCCAUGGUUCCCUUUACCUUGAGUAGUGGAGCUCUUGGACUCUUGCUGACCUUCAGAACCAAUGUGUCGUACUCGAGAUGGAACGAAGCUCGGACUGCUUGGGGAAAAGUCAUUAACGAUUCUCGUUCCAUUGCUCGUAUGGGAUGCAUCUGGUCCAAGUCGUACAAGGGUAUUGACGAUGCAUCCUUGCAGCGAUUGGGAGAUGCCAUUUGUUCCUUUUCGCGUUCUCUCAUGAACCGUACUCUGCCACCCCAAGAGGACGAAUACAACUUUACCAAAUACACCUAUGAGCGCAUCACGGACCAAAAGUACGCCGAGAUAUUGCGCAAUGCCAAGCACCGUCCCACGGCUGCCUUGGCCGAGUUGACGUCGGCCUUGGUCGAUUUCAAGUUGAAUCCUUUGCACCAAGUCGAAGUGGAGAAGGUGGUGACUGGAUUGUGCGAUGCUCUCGGAGCCAGUGAACGUAUCUUUACCAGUCCAGUUCCUACCUUUUACACUCGUCACACGGCUCGAUUCUUGGCCUUUUGGUUGUUGGCUUUGCCAUUUGGUUUGUACGAACCGUUGGGCGGAAGCUGGAACCACAUCACCGUCUUGCCAGUGGUGGCCGUGAUUAGUGGAUUCUUGUUGGGUAUUGAAGAACUAGCAACACAGAUGGAAGAACCCUUUUCCAUCUUGCCCAUGGAAAAGAUGUGCGAAGGAAGUAUCCGAGUGUCGGUCAUGGAACAAGUAGACCGUAGUCAAAAGGGAAUCCAAGCACCCUAUUACGGAGAAGGAAAGAUGCUGAAUGUCGCCAAUCCAUAUGCUGGAGAGGCUCUUGAUGCUGCAGUUGUGCGGCAGCCUGCACUCAGCAUGUCGCAAUCCAUGGAAGAACCGGCACAAGUUGUCCACGUCGAUGGAGCUCCGAAUGGAUUGGGUGCCGGCGGCAUGGUCGAGCAUCGUCAUCCUGAAGCCUUUGCGGAUGAAGAUCCAACAAAAUCAAAUCACUCGUCACCGCUACUUCGAAAGAUUGUGUCCAGAUUCCGUUCUCCCUAA